CCUCUCUCAUUCGAUUUUGAUUGGAGAAAAGAAAAAACCCUAAACCCUUGAACAUCAACAGCAUUGUAACUUGCAUCAACAAACUCUUAACCAUUUUGCACCAACAGGAAAAAAGAGAAAAAUUAAAUUGCACAACUGAUUUCAACUCUCUAUCUCCAUGGGCUUCCUUCGAAGCUCUCUUCGUCUUCGCUCUUCCUUUCUCAGGAGGAGCAUUUCUCAUGGAGCUUCGAAAGGUUUAUGUGGAAGCUUUCCGUGCUACAAUACAGUUGCGUCUCCUGAGCAAACUAUUGUGAAGAUUGAGAGGGAACUUACACAAGUUACUGAUAAUUUGGCUAUUGAUAAUGAAAUAGUUGAUAUUCAGCGUGAAUUUGAAGCUGCAAAGCUGAAUUUUCUUAAGAUUCCUAAAGCGUUGAAGGAAAUGCCGAAGAUGAAUCCUAAAGGUAUAUAUGUGAACAAGAAUCUGAGGUUGGAUAAUAUACAAGUUUAUGGAUUCGACUAUGACUAUACUUUGGCACAUUACUCAUCUAACUUGCAGACUCUAAUAUAUGAUCUUGCGAAGGAGCAUAUGGUCAAUGAGUUUCGGUAUCCUGAGGGUUGCAUGAAUUUUAAAUAUGAUCCAACUUUCCCAAUCAGAGGCCUCUAUUAUGAAAAGCAAAAAGGGUGUAUCUUAAAAUUGGAUUUUUUUGGUUCAAUUGAGCCAGAUGGAUGCUACUUUGGUCGUCACAAGUUAAGUAAGAAGGAGAUAGCAGAGAUAUAUGGCACAAGACAUAUUGGCCGUGAUCAAGCGCGUGGGCUUGUUGGAUUGAUGGAUUUCUUCUGCUUUAGUGAGGCAUGCCUUAUUGCAGAUAUUGUGCAACAUUUUGUUGAUGCGAAACUGGAAUUUGAUGCUUCCUACAUCUAUCAAGAUGUAAAUCGCGCAAUUCAGCAUGUCCAUCGGAGUGGCUUGGUUCAUAGAGCAAUGCUUUCUGAUCCUUACAGAUAUCUAGUUAAAAAUGGCCAAGUGCUUCGUUUUCUCAGGAUGCUGAAGGAGAGAGGAAAGAGACUUUUCUUGCUGACCAACUCUCCUUACUAUUUUGUGGAUGGAGGGAUGCGUUUUAUGUUGGAGGAUUCUCUGGGUUGUAGAGAUUCAUGGAGGGAGCUUUUUGACGUUGUUAUUGCCAAAGCCAAUAAGCCAGAUUUUUACACAUCUGAUCAUCCAUUCCGCUGCUAUGAUACAGAGAAGGACAAUCUAGCUUUUUCAAAGGUGGACGUGUUUCUUCCCGAUAAAAUUUAUUACCAUGGAUGUCUUAAACAAUUUCUUGAAAUUACUAAGUGGAAUGGCCCAGAGGUGAUAUACUGUGACCACCUAUUUAGUGACCUAAGAGGGCCAUCAAAGGCUGGUUGGGCACUCGGCAAUCUCCGUGAGCUAGAAAGUGAAAUACAUAUACAAAAUGAGGACAAUUAUCGACUUGAACAGGCAAAAUUUCAUAUAAUACAAGAGUUGCUUGGUAAAUUGCACGCAACGGGCAAUAGUCAGAAAACUGAAGCAUGCCAAUCACUUUUGGAUGAGCUUAAUGAUGAGAGGCAGAGGGCACGCCAUGUGAUGAAGGGAAUGUUCAAUAUCUUUGGAGCCACUUUCCUCACUGACACUGGCCAAGAAUCUGCUUUUGCUUAUCAUAUACAUCAAUAUGCAGAUGUGUACACCAGUAAGCUUGAGAACUUUUUGUUAUAUCCACCAGAGGCAUGGCUUCAUGUUCCAUAUGAUAAGAUCAUGCCACAUCAUCUUAAGGUCCCAUCUAGCUGUUCAGAAAUCCAUGAUAGCGCAUCCUAA